AUGGCGGUUGCACUGAAUCGGUUUAUUAGCAAAUCCUCAGAUCAGAUGAAGCCCUUCUUCCAGCUUUUGAGGGAAAAUGCAGCAUUUGAAUGGAGUAGCGAAUGUACCGAAGCACUGCAGAGCCUCAAAAGAUACCUUAGUGCACCUCCUCUACUGUCCACUCCAGAACCGGGAGAGGAGCUGUAUCUCUAUCUAGCAGUCUCAGAUCAUGCCGUGAGCGUAGUAUUAAUUCGAGAAGUUGACAAGGAACAGAGACCAGUAUAUUAUGUUAGCAAGACUUUACUAGAUGCCGAGACACAGAACUCUUCUCCAAGGUACCCGCAGAGCAAUGGUCAGGCAGAAGCAUCGAACAAAACCAUCAUCAACGGAGUGAAAAAGCGGCUUGAACAUGCUAAAGGCAAAUGGGUUGAAGAGUUACCUCACGUAUUAUGGGCCUACCGAACUACAGCACGACGCCCCACAGGAGAAACACCUUACUCUUUAACCUAUGGAAUGGAGGCCAUCAUCCCACUCGAAGUAGGUCUCCCAACCCUUCGGUCUGAAUUAUUUGAAAGCUCCAGUAAUAAGGAAGCUAUCGCGCAAGCACUGGAUAUGGCAGAGGGCCGAAGAGAGGCAGCGCUAAUCAGACUUGAAGCAUAUCAGCAGCAGCUCAUCAGAAGUUUCAACCAAAAAGUUUUCCCAAGGCAAUUCAUACCAGGAGAAUUGGUUUUGAGGAAAGUCAUGGAUCACAAACGGGUGCCUGGUGAGGGCAAACUUGGGCUGAACUGGGAAGGUCCCUAUAAAAUCACAGCCAUUAUUGGAAAUGGAGCUUACUACCUAAAGGAUCUGAAUGGCAAAGCAAUACCUCGGCCCUGGAACGUAGCAAACCUCAAGAAAUACUAUUAA